AUGCAAAUGUCGGGACGACUCCUCUUUACCCUGAGCAAACAGUACACACCUGUCUCCCUGCAAAAAUCGUUUGUAGGUGAAGAUGGUUCCGGCAAAACAACCCUUAUGACGAAACUACAAGGAGCUGAGCAUGGCAAGAAAGGAAGAGGCCUAGAGUACCUCUACCUCAGUGUUCACGACGAGGACCGAGAUGAUCACACGCGCUGCAACGUGUGGAUUCUGGACGGAGACCUGUACCACAAAGGCCUGCUCAAGUUCGCCAUUUCAGCCGAGGCCUUGCCAGAGACCCUGGUCAUUUUUGUGGCAGACAUGUCUCGGCCUUGGACUGUGUUGGAAUCACUACAGAAAUGGGCUAGUGUUUUACGAGAACACAUUGAUAAAAUGAAAAUCCCACCCGAAGACAUGAGGGAACUGGAGCGGAAGUUUAUGAAAGAUUUCCAAGACUAUGUUGAGCCUGAAGAAGGUUGUCAAGGUUCCCCACAGAGAAGAGGGCCUCUGGCCUCGGGCCCGGAUGAAGAAAACGUUGCCCUGCCUCUGGGCGACAGCAUGCUGACGCAUAACCUGGGGAUCCCAGUGCUGGUGGUGUGCACGAAGUGCGACGCGGUGAGUGCCCUGGAGAAGGAGCACGACUAUCGGGACGAGCACUUUGACUUCAUCCAGUCACACCUCCGGAGGUUCUGCCUCCAGUAUGGAGCUGCCUUGAUUUACACGUCGGUGAAGGAAGAGAAAAACCUCGACUUGUUGUAUAAGUACAUUGUUCAUAAAACCUACGGCUUCCACUUCACCACCCCGGCCUUGGUUGUGGAGAAGGAUGCCGUCUUUAUGUGCCCCCUAGUGGAACCCAUGGAAGUGAGUUUUUUCCAGCCCCGCCGUGCACUCUGCCGGCCUUGGGUAAUGGCCAGUGUGUCCCUCUUGUUGCAGUCACUCCUUGCCAAGCAGCCAGCCACGCCCACGAGAGCCUCCGAAUCUCCUGCGAGAGGACCCUCUGGCUCUCCACGGACCCAGGGCCGGGGCGGGCCAGCCACCGUGCCCAGCGCCUCCCCAGGCACGUCAGUAAAGAAGCCAGACCCAAACAUCAAAAAUAACGCGGCAAGCGAAGGGGUGUUGGCCAGUUUCUUCAACAGUCUGCUGAGUAAGAAGACAGGCUCCCCUGGAAGUCCUGGUGCUGGUGGUGUGCAGAGCACAGCCAAGAAGUCAGGACAGAAAACUGUGUUGACAAACGUUCAGGAAGAACUGGAUAGAAUGACCCGUAAACCAGACUCCACGCUAACAAAUACAACGGAAAAUGAAGCCUGAGCCUCCGGACAAAGUGCAUCUGUAAAACGACCAAAUAACUCUGUAUAUUGAUCUGCUAAGACCGGGAUUUCCUGAUACGGCACAUGCUAUCAGUUUUGGGGGGCAGGGGAGAUAACUUAAAAAAAUACUUCAUUGGCUUGUCCGAGUGUAAGGUGCCCGUUUAGGAAGGCUGUGUGUCAGACCCCUUUGCUAAGGAUGACCCUUGGACUCUCCGGCCGGUGCCUGUGGAGGCAGCGCGGGGCUGUGUGGGGGAAGAAGAAAGGCCCGUUCUAUGGCGGGAAGCGGAUGAGACCAAGGUGGUCAUUGCUCAGAUGGCAUUAGACUGACCGAGGGCUGUUAGCAAACCCACUUGUUCUUGGGAAGCAGAUGAAGUGGCAGAAGGCCCAGGUUUAGAGAGGAGGACUGGAGGGAGGAGGGCGGCGAGCGUGCCAGGGAGGAGGCGGCGAGCAGUGUUAGUCGAGACUGUGUUCAGUAGAAGUCAAGAAUCAUGGUUCCAGAUUUAAAUUUAGAAGCCUUUCCAAACUAAACACGAAGCCAAAUGGGAAUUAGAUGUCUUCUGAAUGCCUCUUCAGCUUCUGAGGGAUGUGGGAAGUGCGGGGCGCCUGUGUCAGGCGGGGCAGUGGCAGCAGGUUGGCAGAACCCACAAGCUUGAUCCAGGCCAGGGCCCCAAGGAGGUGCUGGGGCUCCCUACGUGGGCAUUGCAGGCAGGCGCCCGGUGGGCGGGCUGGUGAAAGACAGCCAUGGCCAAGCUGGUUUGCUUUGAACUGUGUUCUGAGUAGCACCUGGUUUUGUAUGUGCCAUCCUCACCACCACAGGCGGCCUGGCCCGUGUCACCGGAACGCCUCGUGCCAUGGCACGUCUGCUCGAGGUCGGCGCUGCAAAUGCACUCUGGUGAUUGGCUUGCACCAAUCCCUGCCUUACAGUCCGUGGACACCUUUGAGGAUGUCCACUGAUGCAGAAGGGUCUUGUUUCCUGGCCCCCCACCCCACCCAGCCCCAAUCUGAUCAGCGCUCUCAGAGGGACAGAGCCGUGUGUGUGUUUUAUGUGGGAAAGGGAAGUGAUGCGGUUCUCUGGUUUUGUGCUUUUCAUAAAAUGUAACAUUGUUUUCUUAUGGAGAGAAGAGCUCCCAGUGUCUCCCCAUUUCCUGCAGAAUCACGCACAACCUCAUGUCUCACUGCCAUUCUGGAAAUGACCUUUGUGGAGUUGAAAUGACACUUUUCAUUUUAUACCUGCCACAGCGUUUAACUGCAAACACUACCAUGAAUUUAACGUGCAAAGCGUGUGUUGUCAAACCAAGGGAAAAGCCACACUCAUUCAUGUGGAGUUUACUUUUGUACGUGACUGUUUUUGUACUCUGUCUGCACAUAACACCCCAGAGGCCGUUUCUUCUCCUGGCCGGCUCUGAGUGACCACUAAUGUAGUUGGGCAGGACUCACGCCUGUAGUCCCCAUAGGAAGACUCCAAGACUUGUCUUGAGUUGCUUUUUAGUGAAGGUCUGAACACUGUUAGAAAGCUGAGCAUGUACUUGCCUUUCUGACAGACUCACAAACAAAAACUUGUUUCUUGUGCCAGUUGUAUUGUUGAAAACACGCAUUGUUUUUCUUUUCUAUAAUUCAGUUUUUAAAAACAAUUUUUUUUUUUACCAUGGUUCCCAGUUAGCAGGCUGUGCGGUGAGGACAGACAGUGAGGUGACUGAGUGGAGGCUGUGGUGGGCCACCCCGACGCAGACAGCCGGGCCAGGGGCAAGCAUGACCUGCAUGGCCUCUGAAGUGGCUGCGGAGGUGGACCCAGAGCAGUUGCGCCGUUUUAACACAAGAUGGCACCUUUCGUGUUUAUCAUUCGAACUUGGCACUGUUUCCUUGGUAGAUAUAAAAUGUACGCCAACCUCUGAAACGCUAAGACCUCCUGGGAAGUGGCUGCUCCUCGGCCACGGGGUCACGUGGUCAGUGACUGCCAAAGUGUACCAGCUCCAGGGAACGCAGGGUUCUUUUGGAGGGUGGCGGGGUGCUGUUUUGUUUUGUUGUUGUUCAUUUGGGGGUGUUCCACUUUUGGAACCAAAGGCCACACAACAAGCCACCUUUCCUUCCAAAGUAAGAGUCCUUUUGUUCAUGGGCUGCACCUGAGUGCUUGACUGUCGGAGGCACUGUGAUGACUAUAUAUGUACGAUCGUGGGCUCACCUGCUCUUUUGUCUCGAAUGUGGAAAUUAUCAGAAGGAGAAACUCCACCUUGAAGGGGGCUGCGGUCCGGGCCUCGUGCUGGUCCGCCCUGAAACCUGCUCCAGGCAACGUGCUGCUGGACCGUUUUGUUUUAUUUGCACUUUUUCUUUUUUUAACUCUUGGGAUUGGUAUUUAAACUGAGGGCAUUGCCAGGUGUCCUGGAGUGGACCGAGUGGACCGUGGCUGCUCUGUGCAUCUGGACCUCGGCAGUGUUGCUGCCGGCCACACUCUCAAAGCCCCGUGGUGCUUCGCCAUCCCCAGAGAGAGGGGAAGAGGGGUGGCCCUGCUCGGGUGCAUAUGCAGUACUGUUGAACCUUGCUUCUAGCGCUGAACAAAAGAUGUCCCUAAUGACCGACCGGCUUCAAUAAACUCGAAUCCAGACCGCU